AAUCCGCACAAGCGAGCGGCUUUCCUGGCUCCUGAGACAUUCCGUUGUUUUCGUCCAGCGGUUUGCGGACAUCCGCGCCGUCUCACACUCGGCUCACUACCAAAAGGCGCCCCAUCUUUGCUUCCUUUUUCUCCAGACCGCGUCUACGUGUGUUCUCAAGCCUCACUGGCAAAGGAAACGGUCGCGACGGCGUCAGCGUUGCCUCUCGCGCAAAGGGACACUGCGGGGGAUCUGCGCGCCUGCGUCAACUGGGUAAACUGA